AUGGGACUCCAUAUUUCUCUGCUGGCCCUGUUUGGUAUUUGCUUUGUUGGAGCUAUUUAUACACCACUAGAUUCGGUGGUAAGAAGUUAUGAGUCUCCAUGCCGUCAGACAAAGGUUGCCGUGCUUGGCGCUGGAGUGGCUGGAGUCACAGCGGCCAAAACGCUAAACGGGAACGGCAUAUCCGAUUUCAUUAUUGUUGAAUACAACGACUAUGUAGGAGGGCGGGUGCUGCCUGCUAAAUUUGGCAAGGGUGUCGACUGGAAGCCUUACACAAUCGAGCAGGGAGCGAAUUGGGUGCAUGGCACUAGCCACAACGGCGGGCCAGAAAAUCCAAUAUACACACUUGCACAAAAGUAUAACCUCACGAAUCACGUUUCAGACUUCACUUCCUUGGAGCUAUUUAGCGAAACCGGAUCCGACGGAUUUAUUUCUACGCUAGCCGACUUUGAGAUCCUAUAUAGCAAGGUUGAGGAGAAUGCUGGCUCCAUUAUCUCUGAGAACAUCCAAGACCGAAGCCUUCGUGCCGGGUUGCAGAGUCAAGGCUGGUAUCCUACAAGUCCAAACAUGCUUGCUGCCGAGUUCUACUUUAUCGAGUAUGAACUAGCACAGACAGCGGAUGUUUCAUCCGAGCUCUUUGCUGUCGUGAGUGGAAACUCAAGCUUCGGCCAAUUCUCAGAAGAUAACCUUUUCAUCCUUGACCAGCGUGGCUUUAGUACCUUCAUUCAAGGUGAAGCAUCUGAAAUUCUAACUACAAACGACAGUCGCCUCCUCCUUAAUACUGAAGUUACGAAUAUUGCAUCCGACGAUUCCAGCGUAACCAUCACGAACCGUGACGGCACUUGCAUAACCGCCGAACAAGCCAUCAUAACCUUCAGCAUCGGCGUUCUUCAAACGUCAAUGUACAAGAGAUUUCUAACAUUCACGCCUUUCUUACCAGACUGGAAACUCAAAGCCAUAGCUCAGAUGCAGAUGGGCGUGUACACUAAGAUUUUUUUACAAUUCCCACCAGAAAAAGUCUUCUGGGACCGCUCGAAGGAAUUCUUCCUCUACGCUUCACGCACCAGAGGAUAUUAUCCCAUAUGGCAAAGUCUUGACCACGAAAAUUUCCAUCCGGGAAGUGGGAUCCUGUUCGUCACAGUUGUCGGCGAUCAAUCCAUCCGCAUCGACCAGCAAACUGACUCAGAAACUAAAGCCGAAGUCCUUGCGGUCCUCGCGCAAAUGUUCCAAGUCCCGAUCCCAGAACCUCUGGCAUUCUACUACCCGAGAUGGAGCACCACGCCCUGGUCAUAUGGCUCUUAUUCGAAUUUCCCGGUGGGCAUGACGCUGGAGGGUCAUCAAAAUCUCAGGGCGAAUGUGGGGAGGCUUUGGUUUGCGGGAGAAGCAACAAGUGCCGAGUAUUUUGGUUUCUUGCAAGGUGCAUAUUUUGAGGGCAGGGAGGUUGGGGAGAGGGUUGCAGCAAGGAUGAAUGGGGAUGUAGAGAAAGGGAGGGAUAUGGUGCAUUAUGAGGUUUUGAAAGGGACGACGGACACAUGUGAGCGGAAUCGCGAGAAUGGGGGAACUUUUGAUAUACAAGAGAAGAUAGUUGAGAAGUCGAGGAGGAGGAAAAGGCGGUUUGGAAGGAGGUUUGGAAAGUGGUGA